CACAUUACUCACUCCACAAUCUAAAAGCUUCUCUCUAGUCUCUACUUAGGUACUCAUCCACAAACGCCGCGCACGGCGGAGACAGAAACUGAGUUUUACUGUAGUGGGGGGAGGAAGAAGAAGAAGAAGCAAAGCAAAGCAUAGAGUUUCUUCUAUGGCGCUGGAUGCUUGAUUAUAUCUUUGUUUUCAUAAUCUGAGUUUGUUCUUUGGCUUUGGGUGAUGGCCAGAGGCAGAGCAGCCGCCGCCGCCGCCGGAGGUGCCAUCGGAUCCGGUGAGCUUAAAGAGGUAAGAUUCCGCGGGGUUAGAAAGAGAGCGUGGGGUAAAUUCGCGGCCGAGAUCAGAGACCCGUUGAAGAAGACCCGUCUAUGGCUGGGGACCUUUCUCUCCGCCGAGGAAGCCGCUCGAGCAUACGACGCCGCCGCCAGGAAACUAAAAGGCCCGAAAGCCAAGACCAACUUCCCACCUCCGGCGACUUCUCAACUACCUCCUUACAACCAGACCUCAAUCCCUAAAAAUCCGUUCAUCGGUUCCCUGAUGCACGGUCAGGAUCCUCAUACGAUUUCCCAGAGACCCCGACCCGCCUCCAGCAGCAUGAGUAGCACGGUGGAGUCUUUCAGUGGGCCAAGGCCGCCUCCGCCGCCGCAGACGGCGGCGACGCCUAAUCGCCGCCACCCGAGGUCGCCUCCAAUAGCUCCGGAUGAUUGUCAUAGCGACUGCGAUUCUUCGUCGUCUGUUGUCGACGACGGGGACUGUGAAAACAUCGCUUCAUCGUCUUUCAGAAAACCAUUGUGUUUCGAUCUCAACCUGCCGCCGGCGAUGGAUGACGUCUGCGAUCUUCACUCCACAGCUCUAUGCCUAUGACCGAAGAUCCUUCAUCUCCCCAAACCAGUUUUAUACCUUAACUUUAAUCUGUAUUCUUUAAUUUGUUACCGUGAAGAAAAAAAAAAAAAAAAAAAAAAAACUGCAAAGAAGAAACAAGAAAACAGAGAACAUAAUCGUGAAUCAAAAUUAGAUCAAAGACUAGAUAUGAUCCUUAAAAGAUGAGAACAUCUAGUACUCUGUCUGCUAUAAGAUUUUUGUCUAUAAAAAAAAAUAAAAAAUUGCAUAUAUAGAAUUUUAAUCUAUAUGUUUACUCUGA